GGCGUGCAGAUGGCGGCGGCGCUGCCGCCGCGCUGAGGGGAGCCGGCAUGGAGGUGUUCAUCCCGUCCUUCCGAUACGAGGAGAGCGAGCUGGAGCGGGGAUACACGGUCUUUAAAAUAGAAGUGCUGGUGAGUGGAAGGAAACAUUUUGUGGAGAAGAGGUAUAGUGAAUUCCAUGCACUUCAUAAAAAGCUCAAGAAGUUCAUAAGAACACCAGAGAUUCCUUCAAAGCACGUGAGAAACUGGGUCCCCAAGGUCCUGGAGCAGCGACGACAAGGCUUGGAGUUGUACUUGCAGACAGUCAUUUUAGAAAAUGAAGAGCUCCCUAAGAUAUUUCUCGAUUUUUUGAACGUUCGUCAUGUACCUACCUUGCCAAAAGCAGAAAGCUGUGGCUCUUUUGAUGAAACAGAAUCUGAAGAAUCUAGCAAACUGUCCCACCAGCCUGUGCUGCUGUUCCUAAGGGAUCCAUAUGUCUUGCCUAAGGCCAACGAUGACUUUCCAAAUGUAGUUAUAGACGGCAUUCUACAUGGAAUAUUUUAUCCUCACUUACUGCCCAGGUAGAAGGUAAUACGAGGCAAGAAGAAGCUGAAGUCAUGGUUAAUAGAAUUAACAGGAAUAAAAUUCUGUGAUGUGAAAAUUAUGCUCAGAAGCAAGAGGCACAACCUCAGAUUAAGUUCAAGCAUUACGACUUUUUAAAUAAAAUCACUGUCAUUACAGUUGCUGCUUUUAAAAAAGAUAUGGAAACAACAGUAUUGAAGUUAUUUAUACUUUCUAUAUAUUGAUAUGCUCUGUUUAACACUAAAUGUUCUAAGUCAUACACUGAACUAUGCUAACCUUUGAAGAGAAAAGUUUUACUAAUUAUUUCUAUAAUUUCUCUUAAAGCAAACACUAACCAUUUUGCACCAGGAUUUUUCCCAGCACAUUACCCAUUGCUGGCACUGGAUGGAUUAGAAGUGCUGAAGAGAGUGUGUGCAGAAUUGGAAACAUGCUUUCACAUUCUGAAACACACAGCACUCUCUGAGGAAAUUUUCUAGGUUUCAGUUUAAAUUAUUUUACCUACCAGGAGUUUCUCUAUGGCUUUUGCACAUCUCCAUUCAGUUAUGACAUCUAACUUGUGUGUUUGUUUACUUUCCACACCAACUUGCUGACUGUAUUCCAUAUAUUAACAUUUUAUAAGUCACAGAACAUACAAAUCUGUGGUAAACUAAAGCAAGAAUAUUAUUAAGAUUAUGAUCAAACUAAAACUGAUACAUAUAUAUGUAUGUUCAGAUUUAACUGGAAACUUGUAUGUGUGCUGCUGGACAUUAUAAAAUAAAUUACUAGGACAUGAA